AUGACAGAUUGUGAAUUAAACAUUGCUACAAUUAUAGGUCCAUAUUCGGAAUCUGUGCUAGGGGAGAUAAAAACCAACAUAACUCAUGAAAAUGAUGAUUUUGGGAUAUAUUUUGCAAUAUCAAAUAAGUACUACUAUGCCAAAAUUCACUUUUACAUAGUUAAUUCAUAUAGUAUGUCUGAUAUACCAUCUAACGCUCAGGCAAUAAUUAUCACUUCCAAAGAAGAUGAUGCUAAAAAGAUAAUUUCAAAUUUUAAGUCAAUUUCCAACCCUAUGAAAUUCCUGUGGAUUAUUGAUCCUCCUACCAAUUCCGAAGCUGUCGACGAGCUAGAGGAUCUAUGCUUCGAGUGUGGAUUUGAGCUAAUAUUGUCCAAAAAAAACUCCACACAUAACACUCAGGACAAACGUUUAGAUUGUGCUAAUAUUACAAAUAACAAAAUUAACACUUUUCAAGUGCCUCUACUGUUUAAUGGCACUAUUGACAACCCAUCUCUCAAGCUUUUUAGAUCAUUAGAAUGUCACAAAUGGACCAACUCCAUUAAACAGGCUAAGGAUGAUAUAUCUCUUGAUCGUGCCAUAGAGGUCGUCAAAGAAGCUAGGGAAUGGAACUUAAAGUCUAAUGAUAUCAGUGAAAGGGUAGCAAGGGCAACCAGUGCCAUUAUGGAGAUUAAAUCACUACUAUAA